CAUUCAUUAUCGUUUUCCAACCAACAUGAAACGAAAAAAAAAAUAAAAAAAUUUAAUUUAGGAGGGAUAGAGACAGAGAGCUGAUUUGUUUAGCAAACCCUAGAAAAAUCCAGAAUCUAAACCCUUGAGUCUUGACCCUUCAGGUUGUUUAUUACAAAAUCAAAAAAAAAAAAGAAAAAGAAAAAAAUAGUCGUUUUCUCCCAUUGAAAGCGAAGUCUGCAUAAAAGAAAAAAAAAGGAAUUGCAGAGAGGGAGAGAGAGAUAGAGAGAGAGAGAAGUGUAAAGAAGAGAACGAAGGCAACCAACGCUACCUUAAGGCCGCAGCAAAAUUCAUUUCUAUAUCUGGGUUCCUGAAUCCACACUCUCUUCCGUGAUGAUUCAUCCAGAAUUUUCACAUUCAAUCCCUUCAAUGGAGCUUGAGGUGUCAAGCAGUUCGGCAUUAAUGCCGCUGGAAGCAGAGCUGGUGUAGGGGUUUCUUUGCCUUUGUGCAUUGAUCGAAAUUCUUGAAUAUGGCGUUGUUUCGCAAACUCUUCUACAAGAAACCGCCCGACAAACUUCUGGAGAUCUCUGAGAGAGUUUACGUUUUCGAUUGUUGCCUUUCCACGGAUGUCUUGGAAGAAGAUGAUUAUAGGGUCUACAUGCAAGGCAUAGUGGGUCAACUUCGUGACCACUUUCCUGAUGCUUCAUUCAUGGUGUUUAACUUCCGAGAAGGAGAUAGACAAAGCCAGAUUGCCACUAUUUUGUUGGAGUAUGAUAUGACUGUAAUGGACUAUCCUCGUCAGUAUGAAGGUUGCCCAUUACUCUCAAUGGAAGUGAUUCACCAUUUCAUGAUGACGGGUGAUAACUGGCUUUCACUUGCGCAAAAGAAUGUGCUAUUAAUGCACUGUGAACGAGGUGGGUGGCCAUUGUUGGCUUUCAUGCUGGCUGGGCUAUUGAUUUAUAGGAAGCAAUGCACUGGAGAGCAGAAGACCUUGGACAUGAUCCAUAAACAAGCCCCUCGUGAUCUUUUGCAGUUGCUGUCACCUCUAAACCCGCUGCCUUCUCAAUUGAGGUAUCUACAAUAUGUCUCAAGGAGGAAUGUGGGUUCAGAAUGGCCACCAUUGGAUAGGGCACUUACAUUGGAUUGUGUCAUGUUUCGAGUUAUUCCUAAUUUUGAUGGAGUGGGAGGUUGUAGGCCAAUAUUUCGGAUAUAUGGACAGGAUCCUUUCAUGGUUUGUGAUCGGACUCCUAAAGUUCUGUUCUCGACACCAAAGAAGAGCAAAGCUGUACGGCUUUAUAAGCAGGCAGACUGCAAAUUCGUUAAAAUCGACAUUUACUGUCAUAUUCAAGGUGAUGUCGUGCUGGAGUGCAUUAGCUUAGAUGAUGAUCUGGAACGUGAGGAGAUGAUGUUUCGAGUCAUGUUUAACACAGCCUUCAUUAGAUCAAAUAUCUUGAUUCUUAGCCGUGAUGAUAUUGACAUCUUGUGGAAUGCCAAGGAUCGGUUUCCCAAGGAAUUCAGAGCAGAGGUUCUUUUCUCAGAAAUGGAUACUGCUGCCUCUCCUAGCGCAAUGGAUUUGCCUUGUUUUGAGGAGAAUGAAGGCCUUCCUAUGGAAGCAUUUGCUAAAGUUCAGGAGAUAUUUAACAAUACAGAUUGGCUAGAUCCAAAGGCAGACUCUGCUGCUAUAAAUUUGCUUUGGCAAAGGAGUCUAUCAAAUAUUCUGCAAGAGAGGUUGGGGGCUGCUGCUUUAGAGGAUUCAGAAAUUAGAGCUCUGUUGCGGGUGUCAAGUACUGAAAGGGCUAUGAAGAAACUGAAGCCUGUAGCAUCACAAAAUAACAUUAAGAUCAGAGAUUCAAUGGCAGAUGCUGCUGCUAUAAAUUUGCUUUGGAGAAGGAGUGUAUCAAAUGUUCUGCAAGAGAAGUUGGAGGCUGCUGCUUUAGAGAAUGCAGAACUUAGAUCUCUGUUGCAGGUGUCAAGUACUGAAAAAGCUAUAAAGAAACUGAAGCCUGUAGCAUCAGAAAAUAACAUUAACAGCACAGAUCCGAAGGCAGACUCUGCUGCUACAAAUUUGCUUCAGAAAACAAAUUCAUCAAAUGUUCUGCAAGAGAAGUUGGAGGCUGCUGCUUCAGAGAAUGCAGAAAAUAGAGCUCCGUUGCAGGUGUCAAGUACUGAAAAAGUUAUAAAGAAACUGAAGCCUGUAGCAUCAGAAAAUGACAUUAUGAGCACAGAUCCAAAGGCAGACUCUGCUGUUAUAAACUUGCUUCAGCAACCAAGUACAUCAAAUGUUCUGCAAGAGAAGUCAGAGGCUAUUGUUUUAGACAAUGCAAAAACUAGGAUUCCGUUGCAGGUGUCAAGUACUGAAAAGAUUAUAGACAAACUGAAGCCUGUAGCAUCAGAAAAUAACAAUAAGAACACUAUGUCUGUGGCACUGCAAAAACAGUCCAUGCCUUCCUUUAAAUCAUCUGCAGGUUCAGAUUCACCUAAAAGGAAGGUUCAGCCUCAAGAUCUACAGGUUGCACUUCAAAGACCCACUCAAUCAAAGAUCAUAGCACAACGAACAUCUUCUUGUUCUCUGUCAAAUCCAGUUUCAUAUUGUAAUCCUCUACAAGUAUCACCUGUGCCAAUGUCAAGAUAUCAUAGUGCACCCUCAACUCUUGGUAUUACAGCUCUCUUGCAUGAUCAUACUUCAGAUGGAAGUGCAGAAGCCACUCUUCUUGUGACUACACCACCUCCACCCUCUGCACCAUUGGUUCCUGCUAUUCCAUGUUCACCUAAACCUCUAGGGUCCAAUAUUGUUUCAUCAAUACCACUGCCACCUCCUCCUCCCUUAUUACCUAAUACUUUGAUUGCUUCUACCACAAUAACAUCUAUAAUCUCUCAUCCACAACCACCUCAUUGUCAACCCACUCUAAAACUUUCAGUUCCUUCUUUAACCCAGCAUUCCAGAAUCUCAUCAAUGGGCAGAGGCCAGUUGUCAUCAGCUCCUCCUCCUCCCCCACCUCCACCUCCACCUCCUUCCUGUUCGGGGCUACCAUUAUCUGUCAUUACCACUUCAGAUUCAGUUCCUUCUUGUCCUCCACCAGUACCCCCAUGUUCAGGGUCCACUGUUGGGAAUUUAUCAUCAGCACCACCUCCUCCCCCUCCUCUUUUUCCACCUAAGACUGGUUUCUCAGACCCCUCUUCCCCUCAUCCUCCCCCUUCACCUAUGAAGAAACCAGGAUUUCCAGCAGGUCCUCCUCUCCCUCCACCUCCUCCUAUACCAUCAGGUCUUUCCCCAGGUUCUAUUAAUGUAUCUUUGGCACCACCACCCCCUCCACCCCCUGGUUUUUCAUCACAAAGUUCUGGGCCACCUGUGCCUCCUCCUCCAGCUCCUUUCCCCAAUGGCGUUUCAAGGACCGGUGAUGGGUCACAAUUUCCUUCUGCAGGCAAUAGUGGAACUGGUGGUGUUGCUCCACCUCCCGGACCACCUUUUGGUGCAAAGGGACGGGGACUACCACGUAUUACAAGUUCAAAGAAUCAACCCAAAAGAACCACCCUGAAGCCAUUGCAUUGGUUCAAAUUAACGAGAGCAAUACAGGGAAGCCUAUGGGAUGAGAUAUCUAAGUGUCCAGGGGUUGUUGAAAUGCCUGAACUGGAGAAUCUUUUCUCAGCAGCUGUUCCAAAUUCUGAACGAAGGGGCUCAGAUGGAAGCUUAAGCCGGGCUUCCUCAGCUGGACGUAAAUCUGAUAAAGUCCAAUUGAUUGAUCUAAGAAGAGCAAAUAAUUGUGAAAUUAUGCUUUCAAAAGUUAAGAUACCUUUACCAGAUCUUUUGAGUUCAGUGCUUGCAUUGGAUGAGUCGGCAAUGGAUAUUGAUCAGGUUGAUAACCUAAUUAAGUUUUGCCCAACAAAAGAGGAGAUGGAUAAAUUGAAGGGCUAUGAUGGGGACAAGGAAAAUUUAGGGAGAUGCGAACAGUUCUUCUUAGAGAUGAUGAAAGUGCCACGAGUGGAAUCUAAGCUCAGAGUGUUCUCGUUUAAGAUACAGUUUCCUUUCCAGGUUUCUGACCUUAGAGUCAGUCUGAAUGUUGUUAAUGCUGCAUCAAACGAGAUAAAGAGUUCUAUGAGAUUGAAGAGUAUCAUGAAAACAAUUCUUCAACUGGGAAAUGCGUUGAAUCACGGAACUGCAAGGGGUUCAGCUGUUGGAUUUAGAUUGGACAGCCUCCUUAAACUCUCUGAUACACGUUCACGGAACAACAAGAUGACUCUCAUGCAUUAUCUUUGUAAGGUGCUUGCUGAUAAACUACCAGAACUUAUAUAUUUUCACAAAGACCUUUUCCACUUGGAAGCAGCAUCAAAGAUCCAACUAAAAUUUUUGGCAGAGGAGAUGCAAGCUAUUAGCAAAGGCUUAGAGAAAGUUGAACAGGAAUUGACUGCCUCUGAAAAUGAUGGUCCUAUAUCACAAACUUUCUGCAAGACUUUGAAGAAUUUUCUUGUUGUUGCUGAAGCAGAAGUAAGGUCUUUGGCUUCACUUUAUGCUGGAGUGGGUAGAAAUGCAGAUGCAUUAGCUGUUUAUUUUGGAGAAGAUCCAACUAAAUGCCCAUUUGAGCAAGUUGUUGCUACACUACUCAACUUUGUGAGAAUGUUUGAGCGGGCCCAUGAAGAAAACAUCAAGCAGAGUGAGCUUGAAAAGAAGAAAGCAUUGAAGGAAGCGGAAAAUGAGAAAACCAAGAAUGCUGCUCAAAGAAAUUCUGAACAAUUAUCACAGGCUCGCAUCAACCAUGGCAGUGUAAAAUGACUUAAUGUUGUGGACAUUAUAUUUUGUUGGUAAACAAGAGCAACUUCCCCUUCUCAAGGGAUAUAGAAAUAUGUGGUUGGUCCAUCAUAGUUUAAGAACCAAGAGCCAAAAUGACAAAUUUGAAACGCCAGCACAGAAGGUUUUGUUGAUGAAGAAAUGUGUGUACGAUAAUUUAAACUGAAAGGGGACAAGGAUGGUGAAACAAUUUUGAUCAGCUGCAAACUGAAAAGAAGGGGGCACUUGUAUCUAAGAGAGACAGGGAAUAGGCAAUAUACUAGAAUUUUGGCAGGCAACUUGUAAAAUAUUCACAUUCCGUUCGUUGUAAAUAUGUCUCAAAAGUUUUAGAAUAGUAGUUUGUUUUUCUUUUCUUUGCCUUUGUUCUUUUAUAUUGUUAUCUAUAUUCUUUUUUUUUUUUACUUCCAAUAUUUUUUUGCAUAUUUUUGAAAUUGUUAAAAUGUAAAUGUUGAUAUUCUUCCAGUGCAAAUGGUUAGAACAA